ACUUAUGAGUUUUUAAAGAAGACUUCACACAUUCGUGUGGCAGCUGUCGGCGCUUUCCUCGUCUCAAUCCCUAUCUUUUUCACCGGUGUGAUUCUCUUCACGUUUGUCAACUUCGACGAAGUGCCAGCACUGGCCACGAGUGUAAUCAUAGGGUUGGCCAUUAUUUUCUGCGGAAUCGCUUCCGUCCAGAAUGUCUAUCUAUGGCAGUGGGAAAAAACGAAAGCGAGUCAAGAAAGGUCUGAAAGUCGUAUAAUUCAUUUAAGAGAUUCCGGUUAUUUGCCAUCCAUUGAGUUGUCAACUUUGGUGUGAUUUUUUAUGUUAUUAUUUUGUAUAGAUUUUUGGUACAAAUGUUAAUAUUUUAAAUAUAUUUAAGAUUUAUAAUUUAGAUAAAGAGUCACAAACGAAAGGGUAAAAUAAAUGCAGUUUUUAUAUCAUUUAAGUC